AUAAAGCAAGGAAAACUUGCAAAAAAUCUUCCUUUCCUCUCUUAUUUUAAGGGAAUACUUCCAAAAAGUGUAUUACUCGACAAUGGGUUGUAGAUUACUGUUUCUACUUCAUUUCUUCUGCUUUUGAAUUUCGUUUGUAUAUUGGAGUUCGAUUUAACCAUCUUUCACCACUUUCUGGGUAGUGGGUGGGUACUGCUUCGAGCUAAUUACCAUUUCUUUUCUCAUGUUAGAUAACUAGAUAAUUUAUAUUACACUUCAUCUUCUGUUUGAACCCAAAUAAUUUUCUUGGUUACUUUGAUUCUUUUCUUUUUAUUAUGAAGGCUCCACUUUUAUGAUAUUUUCAUAAUAUCAAAAUGCAAUCUUUUAGCUGAUUUUCUUCUUAGUAAGUAUUGGCUUCAUGUAGCACCGACACGGUACGGAGCAACGGAAAAUAUAGGCACGGAUAUGGCGAGAUAAUGUUAUAUUUAAGAUUGAGAAUUAUAUAUGGGAAAGGAAGGCGCCGGACACCACUCCGAACUUCCAUAUUACUGUAAUAUUAAGGUUCAUAGUUUGAUGUGCUUGGAACUUAAGAACUUCAUUGAUAGAAUCUCACAGAUAAAGCAAGACAUUGAAUUCGCCCGGCCGCGAUGCAGCACAGGUUUACAAGCAUUAUGCUCAUUGCAUGCUGCUAUGGAUAAAGCAAGAUUACUAAUCCAGCACUGCUCUGACUGUAGUAAACUUUACUUGGCGUUUACAGCAGAUAGGAUACUCUCAAGAGGCGAGAACAUACGGAAAACUCUUGGUUUAUGCUUAAGCCAGAUCCAAAAUAUGGUUCCAGCAUUGCUGGCUGCUAAGAUAUCUGGAAUUAUUGAAGAUCUUAAAGCUGCAAGGUUUAAAAUAGAAUCUUCUGAAGCUGAAGCUGGAAAGGUUGUGAAAGAACUACUUAAGUUGGACAUGCCUGCGUCAGAUUCUUUCAACGAGUCGGAACUCGGGGCUCUUCAAUUUGCUGCUGUAAGACUGACAAUCACAACCCCUUUGGCGGUCUUGAUAGAGAUAAGGUCUAUCAAGAAACUACAUGGUAAAGUCCAUGAAACUGAUCCGAAAAAGAAAAUCUUGGAGUAUCUCCUGUAUCUUUUAAGAAAGUAUAGGGGUCACCUCGGCCUUCUCGGGCAGAAAAACACUGAGGAUGGCCAUCCUCUACAUGAGGAGUUCAAGUCCCAAUCUGAAAAUUCUACUACACCUGAACCUCCAUCCGAAUUCAAGUGUCCAAUGUCGAAAAGGAUAAUGUAUGAUCCAGUAAUCAUUGCUUCUGGGCAAACAUUUGAACGAGUUUGGAUUGAGAAAUGGUUUCAGGAGGGGAACAAUACAUGUCCAAUGACACAUGUGAGGCUCGAGAAUGUUUAUUUCGCUCCAAACGUUUUGAUUAGGGGUCUCAUAUCAAAGUGGUGUUCGAACCAUGGAUUAAGUAUUUCUGAACCUUAUGCUCAAUCCAUGCCAGCUUCGGUUUACUUACAGAAGAUUAUUUCCUUUGACUCCGUUGCUAGCAUAGGCUAUUCCAUGCAAGAUUUGCAUCUUCAAGUUGGAAAUAUCUCUCUCCGAUCUUCGGCUACACUGGAUGAUAGUAACAAUGCUGCUUUUAGGGCUGGAUUUCCUCAAAUGGACGCUGGAGAUUGCAUAACACCCUCAAAAUUUGAUUCAAUUCCAUGGGAAUCCAAAUGCAAAGCAAUACAGCAAAUCAAAGAACACCCGAACAAAAAUGAGAAUUCAUAUGAUGACAGCUUGGUAAAACCGCUCAUCAAAUUUCUGAUGGAUGCAUUUGUCUUGAAUGAUGUGAUUGCCCAGAAUGACACAGCAGAGGUUCUAUUGUCAUUUAUAUCUAAAAGCAGAACCGAGUUACCUUAUUUUGACAAAGAUGCAAUCUUUAUGUUGGCAUCAUUUCUUGAUUUUGAAAUAUCCGGAAAGGCUCUGGCAAUCAUGGAAGAGUUAUCGCGCCAACCCUUUUAUAAAUCAAGAAUAGUAGAAUCUGGAGUCAUACCUGCAGUUAUAAAAAUCCUCGACUCACAUAUCAGCGAAUUCCGGGAGCUUGCCAUGAAAAUAAUCUGCAGUUUAUCGUACAACAGUGAUACAGCGCAUCACAUUGUGUAUUUAGAUUGCAUCGCGAAGUUUGUGCCUUUCCUAAGUGAUCAGAGUCUGUCAGGAUACUGCCUUGCUAUUAUGAAGAGCUUGUGUGGCAUUGAGGAGGGUAGAAUUGCAAUUUCUGAAGCUAAUUCUUGCAUUUCUUCUAUUGCCACACUUGUGCAAACAGGUAAUAAGCAGGAUCAAGAAACUGCAGUGGAAGUUCUGCACUCUCUAUGUUACGACCAAGCUGAACAUUAUCGUCAGAUUAUCGAAGAGAACGCUGGACUGACUCUGAUUUACAUAUCUUCCUGUGAAAAUUCAGGAGGAAAGGUUAUUACCAAUGUGUCUGAUUGUAGUUCCGUUGUUAGUUUUGGGCUGGGCACAGAUAUUUCAAGCAACUCCUGUAAACUCCCUAAAGGAAAAAAGUCGGCUUCCAAGGGAUUUACAUAUUUUGCUAUAAAACUUUCAAAAUUAUUUCAGUAGGUAGUUAGUCAGAAUUUGUUCUUUUGUUUUCUGAUAAAUGUGUAAACAGUUGAAUGCAAUAUGCAAAAUAAAAUACUGCAGAUCAUUCAUUAUCCUAAA